AUGAGGAUUUGUUUGUUGAAAACCGUAUCAAAUACAAUCAGAAAACAAUGUUAUUCAACGAGAAAUGUGAGGAAAGUUACCCACUGCAUAUUCGAUAUGGAUGGACUUCUAUUGGACACUGAGCAAGUAUAUAAGAAGAUGAUCACCCAACUAUGUGCUAAAUAUGGCCAUGAGUACACUGAUGAGCUGAUGAUGAAGGUACUUGGUGGCACGGAGCAGAGACUUUCAGAGAUUCUGUGCAAAGAACUCAACUUGCCCAUAACACCUAAAGAGUUCAGAGAUCAGUUAUUAGUACUUGGAGACACUAUGCUCGCAGGGUCGCCUUUAUUGGAUGGCGCCGAAAGACUAAUCCGCCACUUGCACAAAACGCAAGUCCCGUUCGCGCUGGCCACAUCAUCAAGCGAGCGUUCAGUGAAAACCAAAAUAGCGUCGUACAAAGAAUUGUUCAGCUACUUCCACCACAUGGUAAUGGGAAGCACUGACAAGGAGGUGAAGUAUGGAAAACCGCAUCCAGACAUAUUCCUGGUCGCAGCAGCUAGGUUUCCUGACAAACCUAAUCCAGAAAGGUGUUUAGUUUUCGAGGAUUCCCCACACGGAGUCACCGCUGGUGUUUCAGCAGGUAUGCAGGUAGUGAUGGUGCCAGAUCCUCACCUGGACAAGAGACUCACGACGCACGCGACCAUAGUACUGCCCACAUUAGCGAAGUUCCAGCCGGAGAUAUUCGGACUGCCGCCUUUUUAAAAACUUAUCAUGCACGCACAGGGAAGAUCUCCAAUCAUGAUAGAUUUAUAUGUACCUCGCAGAAAUAAUGAUUUGUCAUUUUCCUGAGUUAUACCAAAAUUAUAUUGUAGCCUAGAACGCGUACUCUUCCAACCUGAUAUUUUUGUCGAAAUCGGUUUUAUGUGCGGUAAAAAAUACUUCUUCUCCGCUACCAUUGCCAUUUGUAUAAUCCUCUAAAUACCUGUUGGAAGUUUCGGACGGUUUAGAAGUUCCGUAAACUAUUUGGCUCGGACUAAUAGACUUCAAUUUUUUUUUAUCGUAAAUCUGCGACAUUUCAAAGUCACAUAUAUAUAUUUUAUUUAUAUUCCGUUUAGAAAUUAAUACAUUCGAUCAACUGUCGCACUUAAAAUAACAAAAAUAAAAUAUUUCCUUUCUUGGUUUAGUCCUGAAACAUAUUUAAAUUUAUGAGAUUUUAAGCCAAUAUAAAUUUGUGAUCCUUGUAAGAAUUGGUAAAUUUAAAGCACUCGUUAAGUCGCACUAUGACAGAGAAAGAGUGCGGUUAGAGAUUGUUUUAAACAUUAUUCCAAUAAAAAUUUAAUUCCCAGGUACAUAAAAAAAAAAAAGUUAAACAAUCUGAAAGUGAUCACGAUUAAUAAUAUAAUGAGUUUGAAAAUUGUGUUUAGUAACAAAAGUAUUUGUAGGGCAUAGAUAAGUAAUCAAGGCAUUGACAUAAUUUUUUUCUUGUCACAAUUAAAUUUAUCAGAAAACCAAAUCUCUCAGUGAACUAAUUAAGUAAACUAAAAACAAAUUAACUAAACUUAAAUUAAGUUUGGUAACAAACUGAUUAAAAUUGGAUUCUGAAUUAGAUUGUGCCGAUGAGCUAAUUCUUUCAAAUUUUAACACAGUUUUGACUAUAAUUUUUGACAGCAACUUUCAUAGUUGUUCUAUGAAGAUUUGUAAAAUUUGACGUCAAGGUCAAACUCGCAGGGCCCAGAGAAGAUAAGAAAGAUAUUGCACACGCCUUUGUUUGUAGUUUUAGACGAUAGCUAUAAAUGCACUGAACUAGAAUUAGCUACCUUUAAUUGUGGUAUAUUGUUCCCAAUUUCUAGUUCUAGUCCGUAUUUUUGGGAUAGUGAGAGUAUACAGGAUUUAAAGCGGGUCUUUAUAAGUGCUUAAAAAUUAUACUUACCUUUGUUAGUCAUUUUUAUAGUGAGUUUAGUAAAAACUAUCACUUGCACAAGUUACAACGCUGUCAAUAAUUUGAAAGUGCGGAAAUAUUUUAGCCAAUCAUAAAUCAGGGCACAGGAACUCUUCUCAGAAAGAGAAGGGUAAGCAACGCCCGUGAUGCUGGCGUGGUAGAACAACGCACAGUCCACCUGGGAUCCCCAGACACAUUUUCGGAAGUCUUAGACACCCUUCUAGGCUUCUGGCCCUAGCUUAGCGAGAAAGAGUUCGACUUAUAAGCGAAAAGCUUACAACACACACCACAUUGGGUUGGGUUUUUAGUCUGGGUUUGAUUGCAGGAUCUCUGCGUUAGAGACUAUUGUCGAUGUGACUUAUACCAGUGGUAGUAUUGUUAUAGAGUUUAGUGAUAGCAGCAAUACGACGUUUUAUAGAAUGUUUUUAGAUACCUAUCAAGAUUAGUUUCUAAGCAUAAUUUUUCGACAAUUUUACCAUAAACAAAGUAGUUUUUCUUUUAUUGUCUGUGAACCCUGUAUUACAGAAUGGCAAGUGUGGGAUUUUCUACCUACGUUUACUUGUUCUACAGCGUGAAAGUUAACUACUAUUAACUUGUAUCGAAAGAGCGCCAUCUAGUAAUAGUUAUGUUUCCCAAUAUUGUUACUAGGAUUGAAAUCCCGCAUGUUCUGCAAUUUUACUACGAGUAUGUAGAGGUUUAUAAAUUGAUUUAAACAAAUUUGACAGGAAAUUAAUCAACCUAAGUGCCAUGAAUAUUCGUUAGUUACUUGCGUUAGGUGAUUAAGCAACUACAGUUUUUAAGUGGAACAACUUACUUUUUUUUCCCCACAAAAACACUUCAGUGUUAAUUUUUUUGACACACAAGACACUGUUU